GCUCAGCUGUCAACCAACCAACAAUCUCAACGCGAUACGAGACGAUUUUGUUUUUUAUUCCGUAUUAAUAAAAUUAAUCGUUAACGCCCCAUAAUGGUUGACGACUUGCGUAAAUAUUUGAACCAUUUACUGGAAAAAGUAAAUGGCUUACAUAGCAUAAUAAUAACGGACAGAGAUGGAGUCCCUCUGGUGCGGGCGGUGACUGAAAGGGCGCCGCAGCUCGCCCUGAGGCCUAAUUUCAUAUCAACUUUCGGUAUGGCGACUGAUCAGGCCAGCAAACUUGGCUUAGGAAGGAACAAGACCAUUAUAUCAAUGUAUUCCAGCUAUCAGGUGAUACAAAUGAAUAAGCUGCCUCUAGUGAUAACUUUCAUCGGCAGCGACAACUGCAACACCGGCCACAUCCUGUCUUUGGAGAGUCAGAUAGAACCGUUCCUGAAAGACCUGGCUGCUGUCGUCCAGGAUGCACCUUGAGAGUGACUAAACUAGUAAACACAUAAACCAAGUCAGAUCAAGCUGUAGUUGUAUGGUUUUUAAAUGUCGUGAUCCACUUGAGAGAUUAU